AUGGCAUUGAAUCAGGAUUCUGCAAAUUCGCUGAUGGCUGCACCUGCCAGCGGUGAAGCCGCCCCUGACGGAACAGGUGUUAUACAGCUCGAUCCUUGGUUGGAACCCUUCCGGGGAGACCUGAAGUACCGGUUUGCAAAAGCUCAGGAAUGGAUAAAGAAGAUUGAUCAAGCUGAGGGCGGCCUGGAGAGAUUCAGCCGCGGAUAUGAGAAGUUCGGCUUCACUUUCGAGCCGGACGGCACCAUAGUAUACCGCGAAUGGGCCCCCAACGCUGAGCAAGCUUCCUUAAUCGGCGAAUUCAACAACUGGAACAGAGAGUCGCACCCAAUGAAGAAGAACGAGUAUGGCGUAUGGGAACUAAGGCUUCCUGCAAAAGAUGGCGUCCCAGCGAUUGCCCAUAACACCAAAUUGAAGAUUUCCAUGGUGAUCCCUGGAGGAGAACGCAUCGAAAGAAUACCGGCGUGGAUCACCAGAGUUACCCAAGAUCUCUCCGUAUCCCCCGUUUACGAUGCGGUGCUGUGGAAUCCUCCCAAGGAAGAGCGUUAUGUCUUCAAGAACCCUCGCCCUCCUUACCCGAAGAGUGUCCGCAUCUACGAAGCACACGUGGGCAUUUCUUCCCCCGACCUGAAGGUUGCCACGUACAAGGAAUUCACCAAGAACAUGCUACCAAGGAUCAAGUAUCUCGGGUACAACGUCAUUCAAUUAAUGGCAAUCAUGGAGCAUGCUUACUACGCCUCUUUCGGAUAUCAGGUCAACUCCUUUUUCGCGGCAAGCUCCCGAUAUGGGACACCGGAAGAUCUGAAGGAACUUAUCGACACGGCCCACGGCAUGGGGCUCACAGUGCUCCUAGACGUCGUGCAUUCUCAUGCAAGCAAGAACGUACUGGACGGUCUCAACAUGUUCGACGGCAGCGACCACCUCUACUUCCAUGAAGGUGGAAAGGGCCGACACGAGCUAUGGGAUUCCCGACUCUUCAACUAUGGCCAUCACGAAGUGCUCCGAUUUCUAUUGUCCAACCUGCGGUUCUGGAUGGAGGAGUACCAAUUUGACGGUUUCCGUUUCGACGGAGUCACUUCGAUGCUUUACGUUCAUCACGGUAUUGGCACGGGUUUCUCGGGAGGCUACCACGAAUACUUCGGCUCGUCCGUGGACGUAGAAGCUGUGGUCUAUCUCAUGCUCGCCAACGAGAUGCUUCACGACAUCUAUCCAAACUGCAUCACCAUUGCCGAAGACGUCUCUGGUAUGCCCGCGCUAUGCUUGAAACUCUCGCUGGGCGGAAUAGGAUUUGACUACCGCCUCGCCAUGGCGGUUCCUGACAUGUACAUCAAGUUGCUCAAGGAGAAGAAAGAUGAUGAAUGGGAUAUCGGCAACAUUGCAUUCACCCUGACCAACCGCCGCCACGGUGAGAAGACUAUCGCAUAUGCCGAAUCCCACGACCAAGCCUUGGUGGGCGACAAAUCGCUGAUGAUGUGGCUCGCCGAUGCGGAGAUGUACACGCACAUGUCAGUCCUGACCCCAUUGACACCGACCAUCGACCGCGCUAUCUCCCUCCAUAAAAUGAUCCGCCUUGUUACUCAUGGCCUGGGCGGUGAAGGUUAUCUCAACUUCGAGGGCAACGAAUUCGGGCAUCCAGAGUGGCUCGAUUUCCCUCGAGCAGGCAACGACAAUUCUUUCUGGUAUGCUCGCCGACAGUUGAACUUGACUGAAGACCAUCUUCUUCGGUACAGAUUCUUGAAUGAAUUCGACCGUACAAUGCAGUGGACGGAAGAGAAAUAUGGCUGGCUGCACAGCCCUCAGGCCUACAUCUCUCUGAAAAACGAAACCGACAAAGUGCUAGUCUUUGAAAGAGCAGGUCUCUUAUGGAUAUUCAACUUCCACCCUACGAACUCAUUUACCGAUUACCGAGUCGGCGUGGAGGUACCGGGCGUUUAUCGCAUUGUCAUCGAUACGGAUGCCACUGAGUAUGGUGGGCACGGCAGGAAUGUAAAGGACACGAGAUUUUUCACGACCGAUAUGCCUUGGAAUAACAGGAAGAACUUCACGCAGGUUUAUCUUCCUAAUAGGACAGCUUUGGUCCUUGCACUUGAGUCGACUCUUUGA